AGUUCGGAGCAGAGCCCCUCUCCUAUACUCGCUUCAGUUUGGCCCGACAGCCGGAUGGAGACAGCAGCCGGGUGGAAAUGAAACUCUCGGCCGAGGAAGAGGAAGGAGGGGAAAACGGCAUGAUCGACCAUCUGCCCCCCCGGAAAGUCAAAGCCAGGAGCCAUCGGAACCUCUGCUGUGUGUGUGGCGGGGCGGCCCUGCUUUUCCUAAUAGGAUUUUUGUUUGGCUACAUAAGUUUCCGUGCCCGGAUGCCACCAGCGGCAAAGUGUAACAAUGGUGCAGUGUCAUCGAAUGACGGGGCCUUGUAUACAGCUGGAUACUUUGAAACCAACAACCCGCCAUCCGAGCCAGUGCUCUAUUGGGGAGACCUGAAGAAAUCAUUGGGCAGUCGGCUAACCACGGCCAGCUUCGAAGAGACGAUCCGGAAAGUGUCCUCUGAGAAUCACGAAGCCGGCAGUAUACGGGACGAGUUUCUGGCCAAUGACAUCCACAAACAGUUUGAGUCUUACAACUUGGACAAAGUCUGGGAUGAUGAGCAUUAUGUCCGCCUCACAGCCAGGUCUUCAAAUGUAAUUUCUUUGGAAGAUAAUAAAAACACACUUGUGGAGGAACCCACUGCGUUCGUAGCCUACAGUGAAAACGGCGAGGUUUCGGGCAAACCGGUUUUCGCCAAUUACGGCCGUAAAGAUGAUUUCAAAGUCCUUCCAGACAAAGGUAUCGUCCUGAAUGGCACAGUGGUUAUUGUGCGAGCUGGCAGUAUUACUUUUGCCGAGAAGGUUGCCAAUGCCAAAGCUUGGGGCGCUAAAGGAGUGUUGAUCUAUCCGGAUCCUGCCGACUACAGGAACCUUGGACAAACUGUGGCUCUGUUUGGACACGCUCAUCUUGGUACCGGCGACCCUUACACACCUGGGUUCCCUUCUUUCAACCACACUCAGUUCCCCCCCGUCCAGUCUUCGGCUCUCCCCGGCAUCCCCGUCGCAAGUAUUUCGAGCUCGGCCGCACGAAAAUUAGCCAGUGUUCUGGACGGGCCAGACUGUCCCACCACCUGGCAAUACACCCUCUUCCGCAAGUGUGCCACCUCUAUGCCCGGAACGAACGUGAGGCUCAAUGUGAACAACCAACUGGUAGAGAAGAAAAUCCUGAACAUCUUCGGCGUGAUUAAAGGUUUUGUGGAACCAGAUCGGUAUGUCGUGAUCGGAGCUCAGCGUGAUGCCUGGGGAGAUGGAACAGUGAAAUCUGCAGUCGGGACGGCCGUGUUGCUGGAGCUGGCCCACACAAUCUCCGCGAUGGUCAAAACUGAUGGCUACAAACCUCACAGGAGCAUCAUCUUUGCCAGCUGGAGCGCAGGCGAAUUCGGAGCCGUCGGUGCCACGGAAUGGCUAGAGGGCUAUGCCGCCUCUCUGCACUUGAAAGCGUUCGCUUACAUCAAUCUGGAUGCCGCUGUUUCAGGAUCCAAGGAAUUCCGGUUCUCUUCCAGCCCCUUGUUGAAAAAGCUCCUGGAGGAAGCAGUCACAGAUGUCUCCUUUUCGUCACUCAAUCUUCGUGCCGCUUUUGCAAGCAAAGAAGUUCCAUUUCGGUUUGAUGACGCUGCGAGAACAUUCAUCGCCUCUUCCGGGAUACCCGCCAUCUCCUUCAGCAUCAACAACGGUGGAGACUCCUACCCCUACCCCUAUUUCGGCACAGCGGAGGACAAUCCAGGCAACUUGCUCGCGGCCUUUAGCAACAGCGUCUCCCUGAUGGAAAAGACGAUUCGGUUGGCUGCCGAAAUAGCCGGCCGGAUGGCCCUCAGGUUGACCCACGAUCGGGAACUCUAUCUGGAUUACAAGAGCUACAACAGCCGGCUGCAGAAUUUUGUCACGAGCCUGCUCCCUUACCAGAAGGAAAUGAAGAAACGGGGUUUGGAGAUCCAGUGGCUCUUCGAGGCCCGCGGAGAUUUUACUCGCGCAACCACUGCGCUGACCCGGGAUGUGAAAAACACCGACCUCGACGACAGGGCUACGUCCCGUCUCCUGAAUGACCGGCUGAUGAAAGUGGAGUACCAGUUCCUCUCCCCAUACGUCUCCCCCAAGGAUACGCCUUUCCGCCACAUCUUCCUGGGCUCCGGAUCCCACACCACCCAGGCCCUGCUGGAACACAUCAGCCUGCUCAGGACCAACGCGAGCAUUUUCGACGAAGACCUCUUCAAGAACCAGCUGGCGCUCUUGACGUGGACCAUCCAAGGAGCAGCAAACGCCCUCAGCGGCGACAUUUGGGACAUCAAUAACGAGCUCUGAAAACCUUGAUCCCUACUCUUCCAAAAGACCCCCACACAAAACACACACACAGAGCUCUUCCCCCAACCCGUUGCACAGUUACACCUUUCCCUUUAGCUUUUCAGCCGAAUUUUUUAGAGGCCCCCAAAGUCGAGAAAGGAGGGGGAGAGAUUUUAGAUGGCAAUUGAGCCCCCUUAGCAAUCUGAAGGAAUUUCUGUUUUUUCGAGUAAUCGAACUCUGGCGCCCGGCUGGAUAGAAAGUCUGUAAGCCGACCACGUUCCAGUUGGCAUCAAACUCCUCCCGCAUAAGCGAAAAGGCUUAAAUUGGUAUCCCUCUACUGCUCGGGAAGGCGGGAAGCGAAUUCGAGUCCUCCCACACAUUAUUAAGAGCCUUUGUAUCCACUCUGGAACGUGGUGGAGCCUUCUGCCUUCUGUCCGGUUCCCCUCCGGCCGCUUACUCGGGAAAUGAGAUAAAUGGGAUGGGUCUGGCGGACACGAUUUAGGAAUUAGCAACGGGAAGCCCUUUUCGGGGAGAGCCCGGGUUUUGUCUUUGUCUUCUUGCGUUGUGACCUACCGGGAAAACAACGAGCACCUUUCCGUCGGUCGCACCGGGGAGGAGGGUGAGUUCACCUGGACUCUUGGUCCCGAGAUAUAUUUAUUAGUUAUUUAUUUAUCAGUGACAGUGUUCACUAUAAAUGCUAUUUGUGUUCUACUGAAUAUAAUUAUCGGAAGCAGUGACUUCCAUAAUUAUGACAGUUAUACUGUCGUUUUUUUGAUAUAAGUAAUAAAAGCAGCAUCUGCUAACCGUGAGGAGAACUGGAGAUUCGAGGCCCUCGAGCCUUCAUUGGCCUGCAGGAAUGGCGGUGAACAUCUGGGGGAGGGGGGGAAACCCCAAGGUUUUAGAAACAGGGAAGUGAAUUUCCCUCCGCUGCGGCGUUUUAAGAGCUCACCAAGGAGAGGGUCUGCGGUUGCUGCCUCUUCUGGCAGAAAACACCCUGGCGCCCUCCAGAUGUGCUGGAUUGCGCCCCAGGAUUUGAGCAGCUGUGCCUGCUUUAAAUUCUGGCCGUCGGCAGGUUUGGAGGGUGGCCCGUUUGACCACCCACGCUGGCCUCGAUCCCUCUGGAUCAGGGAUCUCCAACCUGAGCAACUUUUAAAGACUUGUGGACUUCAGCUCCCAGAAUUCCUCAGCCACCCGUGUCUUGUGUCUUUUUCUCUCAUCCCCCAAAGAGGAGAGAUUGCAGAGGAAGGGAUGACAAGAGAGUAAGCUAUGCUGGCUGAGGAAUUCCGGGAGUUGAAGUCUUACAAGUCUUAAAAGUUGCCAAGGUUGGAGACCCCCCUGCUCUGGAUUGGUACUUUGCUUGACAGACCCAGGGGGGAUCUUGUCCACAUUCCCUAGAUUUCUGCCUAUCCAGAAGUGGCCAGCAAUUGCAGACCCCCUCCCCACGUGGGCUUCGACCUAGCCGUCCCCCGCCUUUGCUGGCGAGGGCUAAGCGGAAGGGAGCUGGCUGCAGGCUUUCGUACCCAUCUCUGGGCCGUUGCCGAACAGCCGCCAGUCCUGCAGAGCAAACUCCAGUCCUGCACAGUGACGGUGAAUCUCAUUAUCGGGGGCAGGGUCUCCCAUAAUGUCCAAGAACAAGGUAGCUUUUGCCUACCAGAGUGUUAUAUCGGAGGCAGUGACCUCCAUAUGUUGCACUGAAGGGUGUCUUUAUAAUUAUCGGGGACAGUGUUCCCCAUAAUUUUUAUUAUCUAAAUGCUCGUCGCCUGCAGAGCAUGGUCGUUAGUAUCUAACAUGAAUUAUUUGAAGCCUGGUACGAUUGUCUCUUUCUGUCUCAAGGGCUGGCUGGGCGAGAACCUGUGGUGGGUGGGCAUCAUCACCCCAACUCUGGCUUGGCCAGGUUUGCCCUCCUUACCCAGCGGCCAACAGAUGCCACCCCCCCACCCAGCUCAGUUUCUCUCGCUCGGCCACCUCCUUGCCCUAAGGAAGCAGAAUUAGCCACCUUUCCUCUCUCGACCAGGAAUCCUGGCUUGUUCUCCAAAACAGCUCGAGGCACGCAGGAAUGAUAGCUAAGAGCCACGUGUGUUUCUUAAAAGGCAUGGACUUUCUCUUUAAAAUCUUCAUCCUCCUCUUUCUUUCUCUCUCUUGUUUGAAAAGCUUUUAAUGAUUUCCUGGGAUGAAUGUAUGUAUGGGAAUCGCUUGUGAUAAGACGAAUCUUCUGGGUAAGUCAGAAACGGGCCAGGAAAAACCUGGAAAGCCCAGUAACAGAUGUUCUUGGUUGUUUUUCUCUCUCGCACAUCUCUAGCCAAAACAUCUGCGGUGUAAACUGUAAAGAACCUUUUAAGGUGAACGGAAAUUUUACUCGCCCCUGGCUUUCCAAAACGCCGAGCCUGCUUGCGUUUUCUGCUUCGGAGGGCCAAACCAUAAAAGUGGAAUUCGUACACGGAAAACGUGACUUUUGAGAUACGAGAAUUCCCAGGCCUGCUUGCUAUAAAAAUACCUUGGUGGGAUUCAUUUCCAACCAAAGGCUGUUGCGUUUCACACCCGUUUUUGUUCAGGUGAAAAAAAAAGAGUUUGCUUAGUCAACCUUCCCGCGCGAGUUUCUCUUCCCUGUUGUUUCAUACAGCAGAGGCACUUCUUGUGUAUAUUGUUUCCGUAGCGCUGCAUGCAUCCAGGGCGCGUUAAAAGCAGUAGAUGUAGUUGUGAGGUGGGAAAAAAAAAAAAAAUUCCACACGGGCCCAGGCACCACGUUGUUAUCGAGGAAGUGUCGGUGUUUCAUCUUGAUAAGCUGCAACUGUUUUUCUCUCUCGAGUUAAGAGACCACUGUCUUGAUGCAAUCGCUGUUUGAAAAAUGCAAAACCUUGACUUGCUCCUUCAUUAAAAGGAAAAGACAAAAAAACCCAAA